AUGAGAUAUUCCUCCUUCCCACAACCACUCACAUUAACAAACCCACUCCUUCAAAUCGUCAACAAAUUCAAUCUCUUCCCAAUCAUACACAAAACCCACAACGCCUGCACGCUCUUCGACGCACCAGAUGGAUACCCCAUCAAAUUAUUUGCCGCAAUCGCCAACUCCCAAUCCGAAUACAGCGCGCCGAAACCCAAACAAAUGGGCACAAAAGACGCAUAUCCACUAAGUCCAAUCAGUGCACCCGUUCCAAAAGGAUUUCUUCCGCUACCCGAGAGAAAAAGCCAAAAGAUAAUUACAGUUGCGAUUGAGAUUGCUAACCCCACGCCUCCGAACACCGCAGUGAUGGUGCUCAUUCGCGACGAGAAAUUAGAUGAGGCAAGCGAGAUGGUACCGGGGAGAUAG